GACUGACAUGUAUCUGCCACGACGCCCGUUCGGUCUGCUACCGCCACUACAAUUGCUUCCAGAAACGAAAGAAGGCAACAGAGCGUCGUUCUGUACUGUUCUUUCUUUCUUCACUCGGUUUGUGUGCCCAUUCAUAUCCUUCCCACCAAGCUUUUGUCUUCCCCUUGCGAUGCCUCCGUACUGUACCCCUCAUUAUCGCUAGCUAGUUGGAAAAUGGAGGAGAUAAUGGGCAGUUUCAAACACCGGAAGGUGUCUGAGAUGGUCAAGAGUGAUGAUGGUGAAGAUAUGAUCAGCCAGUUACCUGAUAGCAUUCUUUAUCACAUUCUUUCAUUUCUUCCCACCACAGAUGCAGUAGCAACGUGCAUAUUGUCUACCCGGUGGAAAAACAUGUGGACCAUUGUUCCUAAUCUUGACUUCGAUGACUCCUCGUUGUACUCUACCUGUGUUUUCGGUUAUCCACUAAAAGUCACUUGUUUUAUGCAUUUCGUUCAAACAGUGCUUCAGCAUAGGAACAGACCUACUAUUCAAAAAUUUCGGCUUUCUUGCCGUGUUUGUUUUAGUGGCUCUCAUGUUUGUGCAUGGCUAUCAUCAGCUAUCAAAGAUAAUGUUCAAGAGCUUGACCUUUGCCUCUUUGUUGAGGAACCUUUUUCCUUGCCCCGAUGUGUUUUUGAUAGUACAUCACUUGCAGUUCUAAAACUAGAAAUGAAUUGCGUCCUUGAACUGCCUGAUUCUAUCUCUUUUCCAUGCCUUAAAACCCUGCACCUAUGUCUUGUCACAUUCCAUGAUGAUACCUCAACCCAAGGACUGUUCUCUGGUUGCCCCGUGCUUCAAGAAUUGGCUAUAUUAGAUUGCGAGUGGAUGAAUUUGAAGUGUGUUUGUUUAUCCAUUCCUUCUUUGAAGAGUUUGACAAUAGACGACUUGCCCUUUUUUGGAUCUCUUGAUGAUUUAAAUGGUUGUGAAAUCCAGAUUGAUGCAGCCAAUCUCCAUUUCUUCAAGUACAAUGGCUAUCUUACAAAUGAAAUUUAUGUCUAUAAUCUGUCUUCUCGAAUUGAUUCUUCUAUUCAUAUUGCUCUGUGUGAGAAGAGGAAACAAUUGGCUAUCCAUGCGGCUAAGCUAUUUACAGGACUGAACAAUUCCAGCUCUUUGAGAAUAUCUGUUGGUUCUGUCAUGUCUUUAUUCGUUGCAGAUGAUGUUCUUGACCAUCUUCCAGUUUUUCACAACUUAACACAUUUACAUUUGAGCAAGAGGCUUGAAAAUCAAACAAUUGGAGCACUGGUGAAGUUGAUUCAAAGCUUCCCGAAUUUAGAAUCUCUUAAUUUUCCUGAGGUAUCAUUCUAUUACCCUUCUGGCCUCAGUAAAGGUUGUGCUUUAAUUCUACGAGUGUGUUACAGGGACUUGAGUUUUGCAUGGCAGCUGAAGAAAAUGACUUGAUCUUGAAGUCAAUACCAACAUGUUUCUUAUCAACUCUCAAGACAGUUAAUUAUUGCCAUUUUCAUGCAAAAGAUAUGGAAAUUUGUUUCAUCAAACUUUUGCUGAGUUUUGCUAUUGUUUUGGAGCAAAUGAAUAUAUUCUGUUCUAACAGCUCUUUGGAGGAUCCUAAGAAAAUUAGUGAGGUUAGGACUCAUUUGCAUUCCCGUCCUAAAGGAUCAGAUCAUUGUGCAAUCAUGUUUAUUGAAGCAUGAAAGCCCCCAUACUUGUAAGUACUCUGCUCUCUUAAGGCAUUUUUAUACUAUGAUCUUCAUUAUCCAAUUCCUUAUCAUUAAGAAAUGGAUUUUAGUGGACGAUAGUGGUAACUGGUAAGAGUAAAUUAAUGGAAAACUUAUUGCAGUUGUAAAAAUGAGGGACAACUGUUAUAGGAAUGAAGCUCAAGUAAAAUGACUGACUACUUUUUCAUAUGGACAAAUGCAACUAACAAGGUAUAGAAUUGGAAAACAAUGAAUGUCACUACCAUUUUAUUAUGUCAAUGGCAGUUAUUUUAUGUCACUGCUUAGUUUAUUAUGUCUCUACCAGUUAUAGGCGGUGUCAUUGUCACCUGCACCUGUGCCUCUGUCGCUGCAGUUAAACAUGUCAUUGUGGCGGCUUACAAAAAUUUCCGGCAAUUAUUCCUGGUGAAUUUUCAACGAAAAACUGAAAAAAGAAGAGAGAAAAAUUUCCGGUAGACUUUGCCUGGAGACUUUUUUGCCGCUCGCCGGCGGUGGUUUCUGAAAGUGGUUACCAAAGGGGCAGUGGGGAGAGGGUGGGCAAUUGAGAAGGGAUUAGGAGAGGAAAUAUAAAUCAGUUAAACAAAGGUUAGUCACAUUUUUGGAAAAAAUAAAGCUGGUCAUAUUUUUGUCUUUCAAUAGUGUUGACUUAAUAUGUAUGUCAUCAUUAUUAUAAUGGUAAUGUUAUUAUAUAUAGUAGUAAUGAUAAUUUGCAUUAACAACAAUAACAACAACUACAAUAAUAGUAAUUACUUCUAGAGAUAUUACUCAAAAUGGGACUAAAAAAGUUUGAAAAUUCUAAAAUAGGACUUCCAUGUUUUUAUUCCCAAAAUAGGACUAAUUACUGCCAUGUUUUGACAGUACCAGACUUCAAACAUGGCAGUAUUUUCCAAAUUUGGCAGUAAUUAGUCCUAUUUUGGGAAUAAAAACAUGACAGUCCUAUUUUGGAAUUUUCGAACUUUUUUAGUCCCAUUUCGGGAACUUUCCCUUACUUCUACUACUAGUAGUAUUAAUUAUUAAUUUGUUAUUAUGCUAGUCUGUAUAUGUUAAUUGACCUUUUUGAUUAGUUAGUUAUAUCGUUGUAGUUUGGAAAUGGUUAAGUUAUUAGAUUCGUUUGCCUUAAUUACUUAUUUGUCUCCCUCCGUCCCUUUUUAUUUAGCCAAACAUUAUUUUUCAAGUCUAAAUUGUUCAACUUUGACCGAUUAUAUAUUUAUACACGGUAAUAUCGAUAAUAUGAAAAUUAUAUGAAAAUGUUCUUUGUUGAAAACACUAUCAUAAAAGUAUAAAUUUACUAACUUUUACAUAAAUAUAUUAGCUAAAAUAAUGGAUCAAAGUUUAUCCCCUUUGACUGGAAAUGUCAAAGUUGGCUAAAUAAAAAGGGACGGAGGUAAUAUUUAGUUACCUACUUUGAAGUUAAGAAUUUGAUAAAUGCCUUAAACCUCUUUUGAGAAAGGGGAUUUGUAGUUAAGUAUAAUAAUAUCAACUAUCAAGAACACAGUUCGGCAAGAAUUUUGGAGAGUUAGAGGGCCUGAAUUAAAUCCUAGGAGGAAGUUACUGAAUCUUGGGAUAUUCUCUCUUGGCCAACCUGAACUCUAGAUCUUGACAAAAUCUGCAAUGAAUCUUGUACAUUAGCUGAUACAAAUAAUGGUGCUGCCAUGGUUGAAUGAGAUUACACGCGACCUUAAAAUGUUAAGCUUACUUCAAGCAUAGUGCUCAGGACUUUGUGUACAAGAUCUCAUCCAGGGUCUCUGAGAAGACAUUGAAAGUGAAGAAUAAUAUUCCUUCCAUCCCAUAAAAAGGUUUUAUUCGUUUAUGUUUCUAAAAAUUUCUCUGUCCAAAAGAGUCGCGUUAAAUUGUAUUAGGACAGUUUUUCAAGAAAUGUCUCAAAUUAGUAUAACAAACAAGUUUAGUGUGAAAAUUUUACAUAAACUGGUUAAAACGUUUCUUGGAAAUAAGUAUCAUUUAUGACUUAUAGUUAUAGCAGUUGUACAUUGACUAAAUUAAAGGUUGUAUAUUGCUCAAACAAACUGAUUAAAGAGCAUUUGGAAAAAGAAGCUAUGGUGAUGAUGGUAUCAACUCAAGCCUCUCGCCCCGUAGCAGAGAGUUACGGACUUGCUGCUAGACCUUGUCUCCGAACAUGAUUUUUAAUUUAAGCAAUCCUUAUAAAGAUAAUAAUAGUCCUAAUCAUAAACAGAAACCCUGGAUGUUGAUACUAGAUAAGGCUUUUAGGUUUUUAUAGGGCAAAGCAGCCAAAGCUAGACUUUAUAGCGAUUUGAUUCUUAGAUUGUAGUAAAUAUACUCGAUAGGUCCAUCUCAUUUCUCUACUAGCCUUUUUUUUGCUAAAUGGACUAAGUACGACAAAUGCUAGUCUUGGUGUGCACCUUUUUGUACACCAUAUAAACCUGGAAGCUUGCCUUGUAUGCCAAAAUAGUCCGGCCACACAUUACAAUAAUAGGGUCAUUUUUUGUGAGCACAUUUUUGUACACCCUUCGUACACCUUAUAUAUGUACACAGACAACUUUUGAAAAUUUUGCAUCUUUAUCGACAGAUCACAGGCAAAAUAGGGGGUGUACACCAAAAGUUGCACAAACAGAAAUGUCCAUAGUAAUAACAUUUUAUAUACAGAUGCAAAGUGUCUGAUGACAUAUUUUACUUUAUGACACUUUGUUUUGUUUGCUUCAGUUUGCAGCUGGUAGUAUGUAUAGUUAUAAUUAUAGUGGCUACAUCUGCUCAACGCCUGCCAUUUUGAUUGGAGAUGUCAACACUUGGCCAUGGCCUAUGGAGAUAUCUACUGUUCUAUUUCCUAUGAUGCACUUCAGCCAUGGUAUUGCUAAUGAUUGGGAUUCUCAUCUACCGUAGACGUCAGUGGCUGUAUUUGUGCUGAAAAAUAAGGCUACAUUGGCUUGCAACUGUAAUGUGCCUUAUUUUUUCUCACAAAUUAAGUCUGUCUCUGUAGAGAGAAUCAUUCCCUAUUACUGAUGCAAUAUGAAAUCUAGUUUUUUUUUUGCUUCUUUUGCUCCUGUUUUAAAGGGAAGAAAUGGGAGGUUUGCAAAUGUUAUGAAAAGUUAGCCUUGUAUAGUUUUGCUGUUUCAAAGCUUGUAAGUUGAAACACCAAAGCACAACAAUGCGGUGAUGCUGCGUUUUGUGUUGUUUUUUUUCUGAUGCCAAACUUAUCCAUGAUCAUGAUUCAUGCG